AUGGACACGAUGCAGAACUACAACACCUUUGUCAAUCCCCAGGACCUCGAGAACCAUGGCGACUUCCCAGACUCGUUCUGGCAGAUGCGCAUUGACCCAAACACCUUCUCGCCCUCGUACGAUGCUGUUGGCAUGCUACAUGGCACAAGCGAGCGCUCCAGCAGGAAACAGGACUCGGCACUUGACCUAACCUCUUUCUCAACCCAAGGCUACCCAUGCAUCAAGGCCGAGGACGAGUUCAGCAGUUUUGUAAACACUGCCCAGUCUACACCCACAUCCAACACACCCUCACCACACGACAACUUCAUCUUUAGCAACGCAAACUCCCCAGGCGAGUACAACCGGGACCAGAGCCAGACCAGUUCCCCCGAGACUUGCAAUGAUUCCCUUACCAACGACAGCUGGCCUGCGAUCCACAUCCCGCAGGCCGUCGAGCAAGCCAAAGUCUUCAUUGCGCUCGACAAGAACAAGAACCGGGCCGAAACUCAAAUCAAGACUACCGUGACAAUGGACCCGCUCGCUCCGCACUUCCAGUGGAUUCGCUUUCCUCGCCAAAACCUUGCCAAACCAAAGCAGAUGGCCAGCACUGAAGAGGUUGAAGCUAAUGAGAAGAACAACUGCACUGCCCGUUUGCAGCUUACUCUCGUUCUGGCGACUGCCGUGGAAAAGCCCGAAGGACUGGACCGUGCCUUCCGUCGUGCUCGAGGCGAGGAAGCGACUCCAAGGCGCCCACGUGGCGUGGCCAUCACAGACAUCGCCAAAGAUGACCGGUGUCACCCCCAAAAUGGUGGUGCAGUCAUCAUCUGUGAGGGUUGCAAAGAGCGCGAAGCCAAGAGGUUUAACCGCAAAAAGAAGCGCGAGGCAGAUGAUGAAAAAGAGUGGUCCAACUACGAGGACGACCGCAUCAUCAUGAUUAACGAGAAGGAGUUCAAGAGGUGGCAGGACAACGAAAAUCCUGAUUACUCUUUGAAUGCCAAAAAGGUUGAGUUCGUCAUGCGCAUAACAUGCUACUGCAGGCAUCAAGAAGACAAAUCACCCGUUGGUUACAGGGUCAUAUUCACCUUCAAGGACGCCAACGAAAACGUUCUCGCACAGGAGAUCUCCGAGAUUGUACAAAUCACAGACGACCACAAGAACAAGGAAAGUCCCUCAGAAGCCCUGAGCUCCUUGACCAUUCCCACUGGGCCACAUGACUCGAUGCCGCUUCAGUACACUGUUCCCAUGUCCGAAUACUCCCCGACUGUCUGCAGCAGUCAGUACUCAUUACCCACGACGCCUAUUGUCCCACAAGCUCCUGGACUGCCGCACUCGCAGAGCAUGUUUUUCCCACGCGAGGCACAGUACCCCCGGAUGAUGAAUCCCACUCCUGCGACUCAGGCUUCCAACCAGGCUGGUAUGGGCUUCUAUGGUGCUGCAAUGCCUGCACCUGCGCCUACACAACAAUAUGCCACUCACCAGCGCGGUCAAAGCUACUUUUCACCAACAAUGCUCAGUCCCACAGGAGACCAGAUGUCGGCUCAGGCUGGUUACGCCCUUCACCGCCCUCAUUCUUUGGAUAGCUUCCCGCAAGCGUACAACUUUCAAUUCUCAACACAACAGUCGUACCCACAGAUGUACUCGUCACAGCCGCCAUCACGUGCCACCUCUCGGCCAGCAUCGCCAACAUGGGACCAAGGAAGGGGCGCGAAGAAGAUGCGCGCUCAGCCUGGGUUUAUGUUGUAUGAGGACUUUGAGGAAUGA